AUAUGAAACAAACAUGAUCUAAUUGGUGAUAAAGUUUAGAUGGCGAUGUACUCAAGAACAGUAAUUUUUAGUUGUUUCCAAAUUAAUGUUAAGAUGAUGAAAAUACUGGGAAUUAUCUGGUGCACAUUUGUCCUGGGAUAUACUGUGGCAACAGAUUCGCCCAGCAAUAGGUUUUUUCCCGAAGAUUUUUCAUUGGGAGUAGCAACUGCAGCGUUUCAAAUAGAAGGGGCAUGGAAUGAGAGCGGAAAAGGCGAACAAUUAUGGGACUGGUGGAUGCACACAUAUCCAGAUAAAACUCUCAAUCGUGAUUCUGGAGAUGUGGCUUGUGACUCGUACCAUAAAUGGAAUGAAGAUUUGGAAUUGUUAAAAGUUCUCGGUGUUAACCACUACAGAUUGUCUAUUUCUUGGAGUAGGAUUUUACCUAAUGGAUGGGCAAACAUCAAUACAAUUAAUGAGGAAGGAGUGAAAUAUUAUAGAAAUUUGUUAGAGGCGUUAAUCGAAGCAGGUAUCACCCCAUACGUAACAUUGUACCAUUGGGACUUACCGAUUACUCUUCAUCAGUUUGGAGGUUGGCAAAAUCCCAUCAUAGCUGAUCAUUUUGCGGCUUAUGCCCGUAUUUGCUUCGAAUUAUUUGGAGAUAUUGUCAAAAAUUGGAUUACAUUGAAUGAGCCACAUUCAUAUUGUUUCUUAGGUUACGGAACUGGAUAUCAUGCACCUGGGUACGCACUUCCUAGUGAAGGCGUUUACAAAUGUGCCUACACUAGUGUUUUAGCUCAUGCUAAAGCCUGGCAUAUUUAUGACGAGGAAUUCAGAGCCACACAAAAAGGUCGAGUAUCUAUAGUAAUUGAUAGCCCCUGGUUUGAACCCCUGACAGAUACUGAACAAGAUAGAGAAGCAGUUCAAAGAGAGCUGAAUUUCUUUUUUGGUUUGUAUGCUAACCCGAUUUAUAACGGAAACUGGCCAGAGCAGGUAAUAAGGAUAGUUGAUGCCAGGAGUGAAUUGGAAGGAUAUUCUUACUCUCGGCUGCCCAAAUUCACUGAAGAAGAAAUUCAGUAUAUUAAGGGCACAUCGGAUUUUUUCUCUGUUAAUACAUACUCAGCUUAUCUUGCUCAUCAUCAGCAUAGUUGGGAUGAAUCGAUAGACCCUGAUGAGGUAACUUAUUAUGCAGACCAAGGAGUGGUAAAUUCAGUUGACCCUGCAUGGGCCUCAGAUGUUGAAUGGGUUCACAAGGUGCCUGCAGGCUUUCGAAAACUGCUCAAUUACAUCCAUAACACAUUUGGACAACCAGAAAUAGUCGUUACAGAAAAUGGUUGGGCCCAAAAUGUUACAACUGCUGGAACAGCCGAUCAAGAUAGAAUCACUUACCUUAGCGAGUAUCUCAGCGCUCUUCUUGAAGCGAUUUAUGAAGACGGUGUAAACGUGUCUGCUUACACAGUCUGGAGUUUGAUGGACAAUCUUGAAUGGGCAAACGGAUAUCAGCAGAAAUUGGGACUUGUUGAAGUAGACUUUAGUGAUCCAGAAAGGACCAGAACUGCAAAGGACUCAUACUUUUGGUAUCAGAUGGUGACAAAGAACCGGUGCUUGUACAGUGAUGCAAGUUUGUGUAUCUAAUUAAAAUUUCAAUUAUUUGCAAUAAAGCUUUCUUAGGGGGCAAUUACUAAAUA